AUGGCCACCACAUUAACACAACAGCCUGCUCAGACCGGCCCGGCGACGACAACGGCGCAGCCAUUUUCCACAACCUGGUCUUCAAGAUAUCGAGGCGCCACCGUCGAAGAUCUCGACCCCCCCGCCGCCCUCUCCCUCAACCCCUCCGACGCAAUCAACAUCGCAAUGCUCUCCGCCUUUGAGCGCGAAUACACACACCUCACCAUUGUCGACUCCGAAACCCGCGCCCUGCUCGGCUACAUCUCCAUCCCCCACCUGCAGUCCCUCUUGGAAGCCGGCCGCGUCCAGCCCAACGACCCCGUCUCCGCCGCCAUGACGAGGUUCCAGCGCAAAGGUCGCAAGUACCAGGUCAUCACGCUGCAGACCCCGCUGGAGGAGCUCGAGGCCUUCUUUCGGGGAAACGUGUCGGGGGGCCCGUGGAAGGAGGAGUUUGCGGUUGUCACGGAUGAGAAUCGGAGGUUUGUGCUGGGUGUGGCGACGGUGCAGGAUUUGGAAGAGUUUGUUAAGAGACGGCCGGCUUAA